AUGAAAUGGGUGCUAAGUCAUCUAAUGCCUGCUGAAGACAGUGGGGACCCUAAGUUUGUGGACAUGCAGCAAGUUGUCCACAUUGAUGAAAAAUGGUUCUACUUGAACCCAGAAACUAGGAGGUUCUACCUCCUACCAAAUGAAGCUAACCCAUAUAUGUGCCAACAGUCCAAAAGGUUCAAAGUGAAGGGCAUGUUCAUGGCAGCCAUAGGGAAGCCAAUUUUUGACCACCAAGGAGCAGUAUUACAUGAUGGAAAGUAUGGAAUAUUUCCAUUUGUGUAUGAAAGCACAUCAAAGAAAAAAAGCAAAAACAGGGAAGCUGGUGUUGUAGAAAUCAAGGCUACACAGAAUGUCAACAAAGAAGCCAUAAGGGCAAUGCUACUGAAUAAUGCCAUUCCAGGCAUCAAAGCUAAAUGGCCUUCCCAUCUACCCAAGGAUAUAUGGAUUCAGAAGGAUAAUGCCAGACCUCAUCAAAUUCCAAGGGAUGAGGAAUUUGUGUCAGCCUGUCAGUCAAAUGGAUUCAAUAUUCAGUUCAUAUACCAGCCACCUCAGUCCCUAAACUUAAAUGUGCUAGAUCUAGGCUUGUUCAAUGUAAUACAAUCACUACAAUACCAAUCAUUCCCUAAGAACUUAGUGGAACUGAUAAACAGGGUAAAAGAAGCUUAUGAGUUGUUCAACCCAGUGUUGAACAAACAUUGUUGGAUAACACUACAAUGUUGCAUGGAAGAAAUACUCAAUCACCUAGGAGGGAAUAACUUCACCCCACCACACAAAGGGAAGAAAAGGCUUGAAAGGAUUGGGUUGCUGCCAGAGCAAUUACAGGUGGACAACAAGGUGGUUAAACAAGCUAUUGACUACCUCAAUACUAUAUUCAUAUCAACAAGUGAAGGAAAUGAAGAAGAUGAAGGACAGGAAGUUGAUGCAGACUGA